GAUUUUGUUUCAAUUUGUAAGUUUUGUUUAAACAUUUUUUUUAUCAUUUGAUGCUUUUACCUGUUCUAAGUUUUUUAAAUUGAAAUUAUAAUAGUAUCAUAAAUUCUGUUUAAAAUAAAUAGUAUAGUUCAUUUUGCAUUUAUAUUAUCAGCUUGAGUUUUUGCAUCAAGAUUUCUGCAUCCUGUACACUGUGUCCUGCUCCAGCAUCGAGUACAAAAGCUAAAGAUACAGGCGAUUGAUGAAGUAACGUACACACCUAAUGAGGACUUCGAAUAAGGUUCCAACUACGUAAGCAUGUUUGUUACUUCAAAAUUUUACAAUUUUAUAUUAAAUUUUUUGUAUAUCACUUACUUUUUGUGUACAACAUUUAUUUUACCUUUAUAUUACAGAGAGCUAAUUGGCUAUAUUGAUCAUAUCAUUGCUCCGGGUAAAGUAGGUCAAAAAACUGGAAAGACGUAUGACUUAUUUAAAUUUGUUUUAACCAAUGGAAGCAAAGGUCGAGUGAUGUGCCUGAUAUGGGGUUUAGAACUAAUUAAGAAGUAUCAGUCUGAGAUCGCCAACAAUCGAAUCCUGCAUAUUGAUCUAGCGUACACUAAAGCAGCACAAAUGAAUAAUGAGAAGGAAACUUUGAAUGUCCUGCCAUUUGAAAUCAUCAUUCAAAAGGUUACAGUUGUUGUAUACAGGGGUAUUCAUCUAACCAGGCCAGACACACCUGAGUCAACGCCAACUGAGGUGGACUUUGAGUCGAUAAAAGAGGCAAUUGGAAUGAUUAGUAUCAGUGGUUACGUUAAGUCAAAGUUUGCUCUAUCAUCAACCAGAUACGAAAACAUGACCUAUGGGUGCGGAGCUAUUACUGAUGGCACAUUCAAAUUAACCAUACAAAUAGGUUAUGUUCCUAUAGAACUUGAGAAAGGAACUUACGUUAGAGUGGUUGGAUCUGUAGUUAAUACUGAUGGUAUGCUCAAGGUUACUUGCAAAACCUCAAGUGACAUUACUCCAGUUGAAGACCAUGCAGUAAUGCCGCCUCACCUUCUCAUUCGAGGAACACAACAAAUUAUUGUUCCAAAGAGAAAACUAAAUGAAGAUUAAGUUUUCUUUUCAAAUACGUUUUUGAAAAAAUUUUAUUUUCAACUUUCAUGACAUUAGACAAUAUUGGUGGCAAAAAAUUGUGUUUCUGAGACUGAUAACAGUAAUUGAUCGUAAUUAAGUAUGUAUAUGCUAGCUGUAUUCGUUUUUUGCCAUCAAUACUGAAUAUCAAUGUGUGAUGUGCUGUCAUUUAAUAUGUUCUUAAUUUUAAAUAUUUUCUUACGACAAACUAAUUGUGAUGACUUUUGUGAUGACUUAUAUUUAAAUUUGAAACAUUUGAAAUGAUAUAGCUAUCCGAAUCUCUUACAAAAGCUGUUACUAAGGUUAAGAAUAUAUAGUUGAUAAUACUAUAGAGUAUGACGGUAGCUCGGCCGUCAUUAUUAUUUUAAGUUGUUUGUUGUUUAUGCUACUAUUCACUGUUUCCGACGGCUGUGCAGAAGGCACUAGA